CAGAAGGCAGAGAAUUAAUCUUAUACUUACAUGUGAUCAUUUAUCUAUCUGAAACAGUACUCAAGCUAUAGGUUUUUGAAAAAUUGAAAGUAGAAUAAGUUCCACUUCUGAUUACCAGAAAUCGCUGAAAAGUUGAUACAGAACUACAAAUUUGAUAUAAUACUUGUAUAUGAAAUUUCAUCAACCUAGCUGUAACUGUAUUCAAGUUAUCGUGUUCACAGACACACAUAUACUCACACACACAUACACACACACACGGACAAGAUUGCAAAACUAUGUUUUUCUGACUCAGGGAGAUUCCGUAAGUCAUGGCCAAUGAACAUGAUGUUGAUGACAUUCUUAAUAUAACUGAGGAACCAUCAAUGAAUGAGGAAGAUGAGGAAGAAGCGAUGACUGCCCCAGAGGUCUUACAAAAAUUGGAAGAGGCAUGGUUGAAUGAAAAAUUUGCUCCUGAUCUUCUGCCUGUGAAAUCAAAUUUGAUAGAAUGCAUGCUAGCUCAAAUUGAUGCUAUGGAAAAUAAUAUUACUUUAGCUAAGAAAGGUGACUUCAGAAUAAGUGUGCACAGAAUGGAGAUAGAUAGAAUCAGAUAUGUUGUGAGUAGCUACCUCAGACAAAGAAUUGCCAAGAUUGAAAGUUUCACUUCACAUGUGUUGCAGGAAGAAAUAAAACGCAGAGAUACUGAUUCACCUCUGCUGUCUGAUGCAGAGUUGGAGUUUGCUAAAGGCUACCACAAUGAUGUUAUGAACCACCUCAGAAACACUGCCUUAAAUCAAAUGCCAAGCAACACAUCAGUAAUGAACUUACAAGAAACAACUGUGCUCCCCAACAUGGACAGCUACGUGUUUCUCAAGGUCAACGAGACGACAGAAAAUGUACUGGUGGAGGAGGAGACAACUGAUGCCGGGGAGGAAAUGAUGGAUUUUCAAAAGGGAGAUCAGCACCUCAUUAGAUUCAAGCCAGUUGCUGCCCUUGUUGAGUCAGGAGCCAUGUCGUUGAUUUAAACUGACAUUAAGAAAUAGAAACAUAAUUAUUUAGACUAAAAUAUCACCUAUAUGUGUUAAUGAAUUGGAAUUUCAAAUAUUGUAUUUUUGUAGAAUUCGGUCAUUGUCCCAUAAUACCCAUAAGGUGAAAUAUGCACUUUUAAUAUAAAUUAAUGCACAGUAUUUUGAAGUGCUUAGUUAACAAUGUUGAAUAUUCUCUGAAUUAUCUCACUUUAUUGUUUUAUUUACUUUUUUUUUGGUCUUUUGCCUUGCUUUUUUUGCAUUAAAUUAUGUUAUUGUUAUAAUUAAGAUGGACUUCUAAAAAUUGCAUGUUUAUAAAUUGUACAGUUUUUCAUUAAUUCCUAUCAUUUCUUGUAAUUAUAAAAGUUAAUGCCAUUGUGUACUACAUUGUGUAAGUAAAUGUUUUGUUUCCAUUUUGUAACUGCUCACAGCUGUGCUGUUUUAGAAUUGGUUUACGGACAUGCACAAUUUUGAUGAACACAGUUUUUUUAAUACCUGUUUGAAAUGAUUGGUGGCAUUGUCAAAUCUGCUUUAUUAUUCAGACAUAAUUUAGGUAGGUAUAUAAUUUUUAGCCUUGCAUUUGGAUCAAUUGUUAGAUCAAUCUCUCAGCCAUUUGUCAACCAACUUAUAUGACACAGGUAUAAUCAGUUCUCUUAUUUUAAGUUGUAUCUUAUUAAUAUAAUAUUCUAAGAUCAUGCAGGUUUAACUGAUAAAUAAUAGGUAUAUUUGUAUUGUUUAAACAUUUUUAUUACUAGACCUAGGGUAUUCAAGAAAAAUUCCACAGUGUAGUUUAGACAUACUAUUUUUUAUAACUUACCCAGCAGAAUUGAUAAAUUAAAAAAUUAUGAUGUUAUCGCUCAAACCAGUAAUAAGACACAAAGCAUGCGAGGGAUGUUUCUUAUUUGUGUUGAUAUUUGAUAAACAAAAGUACAUUGCUUGUUAUAUUAAGUCGCUGCUUACAUCUGUUUUAAGAUAGCAGAGGCCAAGGUCAAAGAAAUUUGUGUGAUAUUGAAAGUAGACAAUUUCCAUUUGUUAUUGUCAUUGUUAAAAAUAGUGUUAGAUAAGGCACUUAUGUUGAGAUUAUUAAUUAGAUGAUAGAUGGUUAUCUGGUAUACAUACAAUACUUUUUUAUUAUCAUUUAUACCAUCAACUUAAAAUGUUAUUCAUUAAAUUUUCGGCUUAAUCUUUUACCUCCAUUUUGAUGGCAUUUUUUUCAUGUUCUUGCAUCAUAUUUAAAAUAAUCAUAUAGCAAAUGUUAUGUCAAGUGUAAAAUGUCAUUUAAAUUU